AUGGGAAAAGAAAUCCAGCUAAGGCCAAAGGUGAAUGUCUCAUCUUACAUCCACUUUUUUCUGAAUUACAGAAACAAAUUCAAGGAACAGCAGCCUAAUACCUACCUUGGCUUUAAGGAGUUUUCUAGAAAGUGUUCAGAAAAAUGGAGAUCCAUCUCAAAGCAUGAAAAGGCCAAGUAUGAAGCCCUGGCCAAGCUUGACAAAGCCCGAUAUCAGGAGGAGAUGAUGAAUUACAUUGGCAAGAAGAAAAAACGGAGAAAGAGAGAUCCCCAGGCACCUAGAAGGCCUCCAUCAUCAUUCCUAAUCUUCUCCCAAGACCACUAUGCCCAACUGAAGAAGGAGAAUCCUGGCUGGUCAGUGGUGCAGGUGGCAAAGGCUACAGGGAAGAUGUGGUCCACGAAAACAGAGGUGGACAAGCAGCCCUAUGAGCAGCGAGCUGCUGUCCUACGAUCAAAGUACUUCGAGGACCUUAACACCUACCGCCAACAACACCAUGGCAGGAAGAGAAGCUUCCGGCAGUCAGCCAGGAACCAGCGUGGCAGAACUGAGCCCAACAAGCGAGAGGAUCCGGUUUGA